CCCCAUUCUCCAAACAUUGAAUCCUCCACCACACCACAGGUGCUCCAUCGAUUUCCCAAUAUCCAUAAUCCAGCCGGCCGAGCUUUGUUGUCUUGGUAAACAGCCGAAAGUUGCAAAGGCUUGUCACCGGAAGACGCUAAGGAGACAACGUCGAGAACAUGAGGUCACUAACACCCACAGCCCCAGCAAAGUGCAAGUGAUGGGCAUAUUAGUGUGUCCGAAGUAUAGCUUGUCUGCCAAGGCGAAGGUUUACUUUGAUGGCGUAGGAAGUGAUGUCGUCUCAUAGACCUAAUUCAGGUCGUGCAGACCUCGAAUUCCACAGAGGGUUGGCGAGAAGAAGCUUUGACUGCUGUGAACACGAUCGACCAUCAGCCAUGCUGUAUCGAGCAGAUGCAACUGCCAAAUGGAAGAGCCGCCAAGGUGUAAGGGAGUAUCGGAAGUAUCUUAGCGCUCAUGAAGAUGACGAAGAAUUGCCUGGUCCAGACCAAGUGCAGUCGGACGGAGCAGGUGUGCCAUGUGCCACUGCACGUCUCUGCCAUCUGGAAGUACGAAUAGCAGCGGCACACCAAGAGCAAGGACUCUCCGAGGAUGGAGUGAUUGAGAUGGGUGGAAAGCGAGCGACAAGCUGGGCCAGAUCCGACGGGUUGAGACGAGGGAUGGAAGGCAAAAUAAGAGCACCGCAGGAUGGGCCCGAUCCUGCUUCUUUUCCCUGCUUCCGUUACCUGGCCAGGUACUGGGGUACUUUCGAGCAUGUAUCCGUUGCUGGCCGCUUCAAGGUGUGUGUAGUCGUUGUCCCUGGCAGAUGCGACGAGCAGGAAGGGGGUAAGUCUCUGGUGCAAGGUACCUUCACCUUGUGGGUGGGCGCGGACUGUAACUAGGAGGGACUUGGACUUCCGCGUAGGAGGGGGGGAGGAUGAUGGGAGGAGAAGGAUGGGGAAAGAAGGGUCAAGCUGGACUCUGGAGCAAAAGGCAAGAGAAGGGAAGGGUGCGCACGUCGACUGUCAGGGAGGGAAGGCGCGCCCACACCCUUUCCCUUCCCAUUGCGCCUUCCCCCUCUCUUGCCUCUCUCCUCUUUUUUGCCCUUCGCCAGGUGGGCGGGUGCUCGGUAUACCCAGUGCCAGGCCAAUGCCGCCAGUUACCACCCAGUGACAAGUGUUGCCAACCUAUGCCAGUGCGCAGACCUUUUUUUUUUUUUUUUU